GCGGGAAGAGCGCCAUGGACGAAGACGGGCAGAUGCAUGGGCAGAUCCAGGUGGUGGAGAACACCUACAUCACCAAGCCUCAGGAGCACGAGAAGUUCCGAGCUGGCGAGGUCAUUAGGGCCGUCAAGGCACUGCUGGAGGAGCGCUUGAAGGGGAAGAAGUAUGAUUCUAGCGAAUCAGCGCAGUUGAGCAAGGAGCUCUGCACAGAGAUCAAAGAGAAGGUGAAAGAGAUAGGAGUGCCUCGGCACAAGCUUGUGGUUCAGGUCACCAUCGGAGAGGUACAGGGACAGGGCGUCAGAAUUACAAGUCGAUGCUUGUGGGAUACAGAGACAGACAACCACGCUUCAGCUUAUUACACUAAUCCUCACCUGUAUUGUGUUGCAAUGGUAUUUGCAUGCUACUAUGAGUGAGAGCAGCAACUCCGAUGCCGACUUUUGGACUUCGUUGGCUCGGCUGAGAUGUUAUUAAUUCCAACUGUUACAUUUGAAGAAUUCUGUUUGAUAAGUUUGUAAGCCAAAACUUCAGAAUGAAAGCAAAGUUUUG